GUUUCACUACAUUGACUCUGCGACGCAGACAAAGUUUCGCGAGAUCCGGAAAUGGGAGGGCCGCCGUACGAUUGUCGGGCAAAUCCGCUCGGAGCCGUCCGAUUCACCUUGAACAAGGCGAUAUCUUCGGUCUCCGACCCGGCGGCGUUUGACGGGAAGGACUGGGGCGCCGUUGAUCUCUUCCGACAAUUAUUUUCCGAUGAUUCCGCGCUGUCCCAGGUUCCAAUUCUAGAUUCGUCGUCUAUCAAACGGCUGCAGCCCAAUACCCUUGUCCGGUUUCGUGGGAUGAUACAGGACAUGCUUGGAAAUGAAUUCUACGCUGGUGCUUACAAGGAUGGUUCAACAUGGAGAACCAAUAAGUACAGUGAUGUUUCCCAGUUACCUGCUGCUUCUUCCCCUGACAUUCGAGUUUGGGAGCGUCACUUGCUACACUGUAUUCCUGUCCCUGGACAAAAUUCAUGGAUUGAAUCUCCUUCUGAAGAAUUGGAGAGCUGCUUCAUGGAUCUUGCUGGCCAGCACAGGGAAAAACGUGCCAGGGAAGAUGAGGAAAAUGAGUCUGAGAUUGAGUUUAGAUAUUCUCUUGCCAAGAAAAUGAGAGCUGUUGAAGGUCCUUCCUUUUCGGAAUCUCUGGUUCCUGGGACUGAUGGUACUCCAACUAGUUUGGCUAUUCUGCCUUCUGCUGAUAGAGAGUGUCUGCCUUGUCUCGUGAAGAUUUAUGAUUCGCCAGAGGCAGAUCUGAAGCUCAACGAUGUGGUUGAAUUUGUCGGGGUGCUAACUUUUGAUCCAAACAUGGUAUCAGGUAGAGAUGCUCACGAUGAAUUGUCGGAAGGUCUUGAAGCUGACAUGGUUCAGUUGCCCCCUGGAAAGGUUCCACGUCUCCACAGUCUUGUCCACAGGAAGCUUGAAGCCCAACAUUUCCUCUCUGCUCCUUCCUUAAUAGAGCCAAAAUCUCCGAAAAUGUUCAAAGAGAUAAGAGAGAGUUUGAUGAAGUACCUCACAGGAUUGCUCGGGAAUGAUGACAUUGCAGCUCAGUUUGUGUUGUUGCAUCUCCUAUCGAAGGUGCAUGGUAGAGUAGAUGAUGUUGUUGUGGGUAAGCUUUCACUUAAUCUUACGGGACUGAAUAAAGAAAGCAUGUCCAUCUUCGGCACUCGACUUAAUCACGCCCUCAAGAGUCUGCUGCCAUUCACACAGUCUAUACCACUUACCAUCGAGUAUCUAAACACUAUCUCACUUGCCCCCAAGAAAGAUUACCAAAUAAACAGAUUGGUGCCUGGUGCUCUACAACUUGCUGAUGGCACACACUUGACAUUUGAUGAAACCCAGUUGCAAUCUGGCACUUUGAACUCUGUCGGGGUCGAGAAUGCAAGAUUGCUGAAAAAUUUAUUGGAAUAUCAGAAGUUGGAGUAUGAUUUCCAGUACUAUAAAAUGGAAAUGUCAGCUGAUGUUCAAGUGCUCAUCUUCUCCAAGGGGAAGUCAAACACUAUGCCGGCUGAUUUGGUUGUACCUUUUCAACCCUCCGAAGCAAAUUCCUUUGAAUCCGUCGCCCCAGAGGCUGCAGAAACUUGGAGAUGGUACUUAGCAACCUGUAGAACGUUACCAUACUCAAUAGGACAGGAAAUUCAGCAGGUGGUGGAGAACGAUUUGGUUGCCGUGAGGCAAGCUGAUCGUAGUUUAGGCAGCCAAGACUUAAGCAGAUUAUUGACGAUGGCUCGUUUGAUGUCCGCAAGUUUCGGAGAGACAACCCUUUCGCUAGAGCACUGGCAAAUGGUGCUGGAACUGGAAAGACUUGGAAGGGAAAGACUCAAAUUGAACCUUUAAUGUAAUCUCAAAAGAGUUGCCAUAGAUAUGAUUUCAAUGUAUUAUAGGUAUCUGUUGUAAAAAGAAAAAACAUGAUUGAAAUCCUAAACA